AUGUCGGCGAGGCCGCCGCUGGCCGAGAAGGCGCUGUCCGAGGCUUUCGCCCGCCUGCGCUACCGGGACGCCUCGCUGCUCAUCUGGCAGCAGCAGCAGCAGCAGCUGGAGGCCCGCCCGCCGCCCGCCACCUACCUGAGCCGCAGCCGCAGCGCCUGGUACUCGCAGUUCGGCAACCAGGCCGUCCUGGUGCGGGACAGGAGCAAGCUGGAGGGCCUCCGCGAUUCGGCCGAGUCCCGCUUCUGCGCCCUGAUGUGA